AUGGCCGCCAUCCCCAAUAGUUCCCCCGUGCUCGAGCGGAAGCCUAUCAAGUUUAGCAAUUUAAUAUUGGGGGCAAGUCUUAACUUGUUCGAAGUUACGACAUUGGGUCAACCUUUGGAGGUCGUCAAAACGACCAUGGCUGCCAACCGGGGUGAUACUUUUAGUUGUUCCCUCGGUAAAGUUUGGAGUAGAGGCGGUGUCCUAGGCUUCUACCAAGGUCUUAUCCCAUGGGCCUGGAUCGAAGCGUCCACCAAGGGUGCAGUGUUGCUAUUUGUUGCAUCUGAGGCAGAAUAUUUUGCACGCACCUUCGGUGCCCGUGACUUUACCGCCGGAAUCGCCGGUGGUGUUGUGGGUGGAGUAGCUCAGGCUUACGCUACUAUGGGGUUCUGUACAUGCAUGAAAACGGUGGAGAUCACCAAGUCUAAGCUCGCCGCAACUGGUGUCAAACCUCCGGGCACUUUUUCUACAUUUGCCGACAUUUACCGAAAAGAUGGUAUCAAAGGUAUUAACAAAGGUGUUAAUGCCGUGGCAAUUCGACAGAUGACAAAUUGGGGUUCCAGAUUUGGACUGAGUCGACUGGCAGAGCAGGGGAUACGAAAAGCAACAGGUAAAGAAAAUGGCGGUAGCUUAAGUGUAUGGGAAAAAAUCCUUGCUAGCACUCUCGGCGGUGGUCUAAGCGCUUGGAACCAGCCCAUCGAGGUCAUUCGCGUCGAAAUGCAAAGCAAAAAGGAGGAUCCGAACCGACCCAAAAAAAUGACCGUGGCAAACACUGCUCAGUAUAUAUACAGCAACAACGGCCUCAAAGGUCUGUACCGUGGUGUAGCACCACGUAUUGGGCUAGGUGUAUGGCAGACCAUAUGUAUGGUUGCCAUGGGUGACAUAGCCAAGACAUACGUGGAAAAGCUCACUGGUGAAAAAGUCACCGCCAAGCACUAA